UGCAUGUCGUUUCAAGUCAGUGUCUGAAGACGCCGUUCUGCCCACCACGUAGACUAAAAGGAGGCUAUCAGCAGCGUCUCCUUUCACCCAGAAUUGGAGCUUCAGCUACAGAGAAUCUUAUGGAAAUGAUGGUAUAUGUGGCGCAAAACUGCCCCAAAAAGAAAACAACAUAUUUAUCUGGGUGACGCAAGAAAAAAAAAAAAAAAAGACUUGUUACUGAUGCUUCCCAUUUGAAGAAGGAGAUCAUCACUUAGAACACACAUCCACCUAUUUUCUGGGGACGUUAUCUCUAGGUGUCUACUAGAGACAGACGCUACCUCCGCAGUCACCGGCUCGUCACAGAGUCGCUCGGGUGCGGAGGAAAGCAGUGGAAGAAAGAUCAUUCUGCUGAUCCCAGCACCUUCGGUUAAUAAGGGAAGCACCGACACCUCCUUGGACGUCUCCCUCCGCCCUUUUUUUUUUGCCAAUCGCCACCCGCGGCUCCUUACCCGGAGGAGAAGAGUCGGGGAGGGGAAACCGAGGACACACCCGCGCAUACUGUACGCGGUGUACACGGCAAGGAUGCUGCAGACAACAUGAGGUGAAUAUCAUCGACUGUCCCGAAUCGGAAAUUCAUGUCCCCCCCCCCACCUGUACUGGAGACUGAAGACCCGUUUGCCGCAGCUGAUUAUAGAUAUCCACCUCCCUGACACCAGCGGGAGCAUCCAGCCUCACCCAGAGACGAAAAAGAUGUCUGUAGUCAGAUCCUAGGUGACAUCCUGUGGCCUUCAGGUCUUCACUCUGUUGAGUCCCCACCCUCUCCUGGCCCCCACCUGCAGUUCUCCAGGCUGCAGGACCCAGACAUCCUGAAAGGUGCAGGCCACCUCGCCCUGCAGAAUGACUGUUGCCACAGGCGACCCCUCUGACGAGGCAGCUGCACACCCAGGCCACCCCCUGGACUACGACCCAGAGGCUGACCAUGAAUGCUGUGAGAGGGUGGUCAUUAACAUCUCAGGGCUGCGCUUUGAGACACAACUCAAAACCCUCUCUCAGUUCCCCGAAACUUUGCUGGGGGAUCCCAAAAAGAGGAUGCGCUACUUUGACCCACUAAGGAACGAAUACUUUUUUGACAGAAACAGACCGAGCUUUGAUGCUAUAUUAUAUUAUUAUCAAUCAGGAGGCCGAUUGAGAAGGCCGGUCAAUGUCACUCUUGAUAUUUUUUCAGAAGAGAUUCGCUUUUAUGAGCUUGGGGAGGAGGCCAUUGAGAUGUUCAGAGAAGAUGAAGGUUUCAUCAAGGAGGAGGAACGUCCUCUUCCUGACAACGAGUUCCAAAGACAGGUGUGGCUUCUCUUUGAGUACCCAGAAAGCUCAGGUCCUGCUAGGAUUAUUGCCAUAAUUUCUGUCAUGGUCAUCCUGAUAUCUAUUGUCAGUUUUUGUUUGGAGACUCUCCCAAUAUUCCGCAAUGAUGAGGAGGACAUGCAUAAGUCCCAUGCUCAAGUUUUUUCACCUGAGACCAACUCUACAAUAAUCAGCUACACAUCCACCUACUUCACUGACCCCUUCUUUGUUCUAGAAACUCUCUGCAUUAUAUGGUUUUCCUUUGAGUUUUUAGUGCGCUUCUUUGCCUGCCCAAGCAAAGCAGGCUUUUUUGGUAACAUAAUGAACAUUAUUGAUAUUGUUGCCAUCAUUCCUUACUUUAUCACUCUUGGCACCGAGUUGGCAGAUAGAGCAGAGGAUGGUCAGCCAGGUCAGCAAGCCAUGUCUUUAGCCAUUCUCAGGGUUAUCCGCUUGGUACGAGUCUUCAGGAUCUUCAAGUUGUCCCGUCACUCCAAGGGGCUUCAGAUUUUAGGUCAAACCCUUAAAGCCAGUAUGAGAGAGCUCGGCCUCCUCAUUUUCUUCCUCUUCAUAGGGGUCAUCCUGUUUUCCAGUGCAGUUUAUUUUGCUGAAGCAGAUGAGCCUGAGUCACAGUUUGAGAGCAUCCCUGAUGCAUUUUGGUGGGCUGUGGUGUCAAUGACAACAGUCGGCUAUGGCGACAUGGUCCCGACUACAAUUGGAGGCAAGAUAGUGGGCUCCCUCUGUGCCAUUGCAGGUGUGCUGACCAUUGCCUUGCCAGUGCCUGUCAUUGUGUCCAACUUCAACUACUUUUAUCACCGUGAGACUGAAGGCGAAGAGCAGGCUCAGUAUCUGCAGGUUAAUGUACCCAAAGCUGAUUCAGGUGAGGAGCUAAAGAAGAGCCGAAGCGGCUCCACCAUCAGCAAAUCGGACUACAUGGAGAUUCAGGAGGCUGUGAACAACAGCAAUGAAGACUUUCAGGAGGAGAACCUUAAAACAGCCAACUGCACACUCGCCAACACAAACUAUGUAAACAUCACCAAGAUGCUCACAGAUGUGUAAUCUGCAUAUGUUUCUCCCCAUCACAAUGGGAAAAAUAAAACUGUAC